AUGCAAGACCAUGUCCCACCGGGGAUCACCAUCGUCAAGUCAGACAGUCUUGAAGAAUGGCAAAUGGAUAUUAAAGUUCUCGAUGAAAACCCUCUCUACAAGGGCCACACCUACCGACUCAAAUUCACCUUCAAUAACAAAUACCCAAUCGAGCCUCCCGAGGUCCAAUUCAUGGAUCUUCCUACGACAUCCGAAACACCCCGCCCGAUCCCCAUGCACCCGCACAUCUACAGCAAUGGAAUCAUAUGCCUUGAUCUGCUCAGCACGAUCGGCUGGUCUCCUGUUCAGACCGUGGAAAGCGUCUGCAUGAGUCUGCAGAGCAUGCUCACGGCCAACACCCGCGACGAACGCCCGCCAGGCGACAGCGAAUUCGUCGCCUACAAUCGCCGCCGAAUUCGAGACAUCCCCUUUGUCUACGAAGACGAUAAUGUUUAA